AUGAAGAUAAUAAUUAUGCCCAUUUGCAUUUGGAUUUCGAAUAUAUUUUUUUAUAACUUAAAUAAUUUGAUGUUUGUAAGAUCUGUAAAAAAAAACAAAAAUAUAUUUUCAAAUAAUUUAAGAAGAAAACAUAUAAAUUUUUAUUUACCACAAAAUAUACAUUCCUAUAGUUAUAUAGGCAAAACAAAUUUUCCUAUUUUGUAUAAAAAUAAAAAAAUAUUCUCAAAGAGGUAUCACAAUUGUUUAAGCUUAAAAUUGGAAAGAACAGAAAAUCAGCAAAAUCAGCAAAAUAAGCAAAAUCGACAAAAUCAACAAAGUCAACAAAGUCGACAAAAUCAACAAAGUCGACAAAAUCAACAAAGUCAACAAAAUCAACAAAGUCAACAAAGUCAACAAAGUCAACAAAGUCAACAAAGUCAACAAAGUCAACAAAAAAGGAAUAUUUUUUCUGUAGAAAAUAAAAAAAUGAGCACAUUAAAUUUUGAUAACAAUAAUUUGGAAAUACAAAAAAAGAAUUUUGUGAUUCAAGAAGAUCCUGAUUUCAUUCAAUAUCGAUUAAAUAAAUAUAAUGAAUUGAAAGAAAAAAAAAAAAAAAUAUUAGAAAAAGUUAUAGAAAAUGAUCCAAAUUAUUAUAAAGAGAUAAAUAUAGAAUUAUUAGAUGGUUCGAUUAAAACUGGUCAAAAAAAUAUAACAACACCUUAUCAAAUUGCAUCACAAAUUUCAAAAAAAUUAUCAGAAAAUUCAAUAGUUGCUGAGAUUAUCUAUUUAGAUAAUGUUAAUUUAAAUCUUUGUGAUAUAGAAGAUGAUGAAAAUGAUGAAACAAAUGUUGAUCAAUCUCAAGAAGGUAUUUUAUGGGAUAUGAAUGUUCCACUAAUAGGAAACUGUAAAAUAAAAUUUCUUGGAAUUGAAACACCUCAAGGAAAAAAAAUAUUUUGGCAUUCUUCUGCACAUAUUUUAGGUAGUAGUUUAGAAAAAUUAUAUGGAGGGUAUUUAACAAUUGGUCCUGCUUUAAAUGAGGGUUUUUAUUAUGAUAUAUAUUUAGGUAAUAAUUCAAUUAUAAGUGAAAAUUAUAACAAAAUUGAAAAUGAAUAUAAUAAAUUAGUUAAGGAAAAUGUUGAAUUUGAAAAAAUGAUAUGUACAAAAGAAGAAGUUUUAGAAUUAUUUAAAUAUAAUCCUUUUAAAAUAGAACUAAUCAAAUCUAAAAUUAAAAAUGAUAAUGAAAAAACAUCUGUUUAUAAAUGUGGAAAUUUUAUUGAUUUAUGUUUAGGACCUCAUAUAAAAAAUACUGGAAAAGUUAAAGCAUUUAAAGUUUUAAAAAAUUCAUCAGCUUAUUGGUUAGGUAAUAAAAAUAAUGAUAGUUUGCAAAGAGUUUAUGGUAUUUCAUUUCAAAAAAAAACAGAAUUAACUGAUUAUAUAAAAUUUAUUGAGGAAGCUAAAAAAAGAGAUCAUAGAAAUGUAGGAAAAAAUUUAAAUUUAUUUUUUUUUGAAAAAGAAACAUCACCAGGUUCGGGAUUCUGGUUUAGUCAUGGUGCUAAAAUAUAUAACAAAUUAAUUGAAUUUAUGAGAAAAGAAUAUAGAAUAAGAAAAUAUGAUGAAGUUAUAACUCCAAAUAUAUUUAGUUGUGAUUUAUGGAAGACAUCGGGACAUUAUCAAAAUUAUAAAAAUUGUAUGUUUAUUUUUAAUAUUGAAAAUAAGGAAUGGGGAAUGAAACCAAUGAAUUGUCCAGGCCAUUGUCUUAUUUUUAAACAAUUAAAUGCAUCUUAUAAAUCUUUACCAAUUAGAUUAGCUGAUUUUGGAGUUUUACAUCGAAAUGAAAUAACUGGAUCAUUAAGUGGAUUAACUAGGGUUCGACGAUUUCAACAAGAUGAUGCUCAUAUUUUUUGUUCUCUUGAUCAUAUAAAAACAGAAGUAGUAAAUGUUUUGCAAUUUAUUUUUUUUGUUUAUAAUUUAUUUGGUUUUAAAUAUGAUUUAUAUUUAUCAACUAGACCUCCCAAAUAUAUCGGAGAUAUUGAAACAUGGGAUUUUGCUGAAAAAUCAUUAAAAGAAGCAUUAGAAUUAGCAAAUGUAAAAUGGAAACUAAAUGAAGGAGAUGGUGCUUUUUAUGGUCCUAAAAUAGAUAUUGUUCUUAGAGACAGUUUAAAUAGAAGUCAUCAAUGUGGAACUGUUCAAUUAGAUUUCCAAUUACCAAUACGAUUUAAUUUACAAUAUAAAAAUAAAGAAUAUGGAGUAGGUCAAGAAACUGAUUCUAAUUUAGUUAAUAAUUCUAAUACAGAUGUAAUUGAAAAAAAAGAAGAUUCUACUUUAGAAAAUAUUGAUAAUAAUCAAGAUCCAAUAAAUAAUCAACCAGGUGGAGUAUUGAAAAAAGGUUUUGAUCGACCAAUAAUUAUACAUCGAGCUAUCCUUGGAUCAGUUGAAAGAUUUGUAGCUAUAUUAGUAGAACAUACAUCUGGAAAAUUUCCAUUUUGGCUAAGUCCACGACAAGCUAUAGUUUUACCAAUAAGUGAUAAAUUUAAUGAAUAUGCAAAAUAUAUACAUACUGUUUUAACAAAUAAUUUAUUUGAUGUUGAUGUUGAUAUUUCAGUUAAUACAUUAAAUAAAAAAAUAAGAGAAGCACAAUUAAAACAAUAUAAUUUUAUUCUAGUUGUUGGUGAAAAAGAAAUUUCUACAAACACAGUUACAGUUAGAGAUCGUGAUAAUCCAAAUGAUCAAAAAGUUUAUACUGUACAAGAAUUGGUAAAUACUUUUAAGAAAAUGCUUGAUAUUAAUUCAGUUAAACUUAAUGAAAUAACUCCAUUUAUUCAAAAAUAA